ACAUAUUGUGGUGUAGAUGCAGUAAAAAAUAGCAGUUGGUGGCUAACUGCUAAGCACAAGGGUUAUUUUUCGCUUCCAAAUGGCGGACUACUUAAAAUGGCGGAUGGACACCGAGGUGAGCUCUUCGGCCUUUUUCCUUUUUGAGAAAGCGCUGUGAGUUUUGGAGAUAGAGGAGGAGGGUUGAACCAAACCGAGCCGUGCUGAAGGGGGUCUUAGGGGGCAGCAUCACUUUCGAAAGUUUGUCUCGGUAACUUCCUGGAGUCUCCAAAACCCUCCAAACUGGUCUGGUUUGUUUACGUUUUGUGUGUGUGGCCUAUUGCUAGUAGCCAUUUGGCGAGGAACAACAACCAACGGCGCUAUACAGCUCUUCGUUUUUAUAUAGCUGGCGGUUGGUUGUUAGGGCGACGAUAGCUGGCGGUUGGUUGUUAGGGGCGACGACUACGGUUCAGUUUUUUAAGCCGUUAAAUAUAUAAUGUUACCGAGCCGGGUUGGAUCGGCACCAUCUGGAAACGGGUCAGCUACGGGGAGAGGUAACACGGGACACGGUUCGGGGGUUGUCGGUGGAGGGAUUCGGCCGGUUUUGGUCCGAGCAGGGCAGGUUUUAGUACCGGGGGUCAGCGAGCAGAGUGCCGGGCGAGAAGCGGUGAUGCUGGGGGCGAACGGUCCAGGCGGGUCGAGAGGAGGUGUGAGACCGGGGAACGGCACCGGGACCGGGGUGACAGCCAAUCUGCAGACCGCCGUCCAGGGCAACAUGGUGGGGUUAAACACGGGAGUUGUGUUGCCUCACCGGUUCGAGGACAGAGACAGAGACAGAGAGAGCGCUCCAAUGUGCAGCGGCUCGGAUAACGACUCGGACUCCGGAGACGACGACGACCCGUCAUCGGUGGGUUCACUCGGGGACAGCAGGAGAGGCGUGAAGCGGGAGAGAGGCGAGAUGGAGGCUGCUGUGACGGGGCAGGAGGUGGGGAUGAUACCUCCAGGAGGAGGAGGAGGAGGUUACGGCAUGGUGCCCGGGGGGGUCGCCGGGGCAAAGCCGGGGAAGAAGACACGUGGGCGCGUCAAGAUAAAGAUGGAGUUUAUCGAUAACAAGUUGAGACGCUACACCACUUUCAGCAAGAGGAAGACAGGCAUUAUGAAGAAGGCCUAUGAACUCUCCACGCUGACGGGAACCCAGGUUCUGCUGCUUGUGGCCAGUGAAACGGGUCAUGUCUACACUUUCGCCACCCGCAAACUCCAACCCAUGAUCACAAGUGAAACGGGCAAAGCUCUGAUCCAAACAUGCCUCAACUCGCCAGACUCGCCGCCACGCUCGGACCCCUCCACGGACCAGCGCAUGAGCGCCACGGGCUUUGAGGAGACGGACCUCACCUAUCAGGUGUCUGAGUCGGAGAGCAUGGGCGACACAAAGGAUACACUGAAGCCAACGUUCACGGUAGCCAGCCUACCAGGUGGCACCAGCAGCGCCCAGUGCACGGUACCCACCACCUCAACCACCAUGCAGGUGAGCAGCGGCCAAUCGUUUCCCAUCACCAACUACCUGGCGCCCGUCUCGGCCAGCGGCAACAUCAGCGCCAACGGUACCGUCCUCAAGACCACCGGCGCAUCCACGGGGGUCAUGCAGCUGCCCGGUGGCUUCACUUUCAUGCCCGCAGGCACUCCUCUCCCCCCCGGCACCCCCACCAUUCCUCUGAGCCAGCUGCAGCAGCACUCCCUGGCCCUCCAGGGGCAGCAUGGUCAGGCCCUGGCUGUCGCCCCGCAGCCUCAGCAGGGACAGCAGGCUGUCUUCCGCUUCCCUGCUGCUGUCUCCCUCACAGGACCAGGGUUGCCCCAGCAGCUCCAGGCUAUCCAGGUACACCACAACACCACCUCCAACAGCGACAGCAGCCUCGACAUCUGCCACACCUCCACAAACUCCACCGCGACGGUGAGUCUCCCAGCAACCAUCGUCACCUCGUCAUUGCCAACGUCUGUUGCGGGUCACAUGAUGUACCCCAGCCCGCACACGGUGAUGUACGCCUCCACGCCGACGCUGGCUGACGGGGGGCUGGCUGUGCUCAACGCCUUCUCCCAGGGCACCUCGGCCAUGCAGGUGUCCCACGCACAGGGCCAAGACUCAGAGUUUACCAAUUUGUUUUUCCCUUCGCAAGGUGCUGUCCCUCAGGUGUUCCUCACAGCACCUCCGGGCACGGUGCAGAUCCCCGUCUCAGCGGUGCAACUACACCCAGUACGGCAAGAUCUGCAUUUUACAAAUGGUGAUUGGCCAGCAGUCGAGCGGCAGCAGCAGUAACCUGACGGAGCUCCAGGUGGUCAACUUGGACGCAGUACAGAACUCAAAGAGCGACUGACAGACGGCUGGAGCUGUUUAACACGGCAGACCCAGGGACACAGACGGACUUACAUACAUCUCUAUUUAUUGAUGCCUUCCUACAGAGUUUCACUUCUGAAUGUGACUUCACAUCUAUACACACAAUCAAGGGCAUAAGUGUGACUGACCCUUAUACAGUAUACAGUAUGUUUUGGUAUAUAAAUAUAUAUAAAUAUAUAUAUAUUCGCAAAUGCAUAGGAAAUAUAUCACGACAUCCAUCAUCGGAAGCUAUUUUCUAUGCCGUUAGAUGGUGUUAUUUUUUUUUGUGUGCGUGCGUGUGUUUUUAUUUUGAAAAUGUGUAAUUACAUGUACACACAUACUGCGAGGUGCCACAGCUUCACACCAGCCAAAGAGACAUUUGCUUGUCUGAAUGUUCCAGUGUGAGCAACUCGUGCACAAGUGUGUGUCUGUGCGCAUAUCUGGGGUUUGUAAAUGGGCGGGGAGACGUUUAAAAAAAAAAAGAGACAUUUGGAAAUGUACAUAGUUUUUUUUUUUUUUUUAAAUGACAACUUGUAUUUUUUGCCUGGUUUAGUUUGUGCAACGGCAUGUAGUUGUUUUUUUUUACGUAGUGGUUUUGUAUGUACAUGAAAAUGAUUUGCAUCAAGAGAAAGAAUUAUUUACAUGUAUAUGUAAAUUAAUUUAAUAUACCAUCACAUGUUGAUAUACUGUCAUGCUGUUGGGAGUUUUCACUACAAGAUGGAGAAAGAACGCUGGAUGUUUUUCUACAUGAGUGGAUUGUGACAUUUGUAGGACUGUCCCUUUAAACAGGAUCACGUAGCUGGGUCACAACAUGUAAAACAUAAGAUAUUCAUGAUUUACUGUUAACAUAUUCUUUACUUUAAACUGGGAAGGUUUCAGCGCAGAUGGCAUCAUUUUAGUAUGACAUCAGUUUUGCAUGUGAUGUUUCGUAAUGAAGCCCUGAUCUGGCACUUUCUUAGUGUGAAAAACAGUUACAACAACUAUGACAAUCUGAUGGAAAUUUAUCUCACCUUUUAACAUAAUGCUAUCUAUAUUUUCAUGUGUUCACACACAUAAAUAUGGAUACAAUUCUGACAUUUUAAAAACAUCUUUAGCGUGAUUAGAACAUUUUAUUUGCUUAUUUUUUAAAUGCCACAAUAGUUGAGUUGAUGGUUGCCAAACAGGUUUUCAUGACAUCAGCUAAACUUUUAUGUUGUUUAAAAAGUGAUCCGUGGUAAACCCGUCGCGUUGAUUUGCCUCCACUUGACUGCAGAACUUUAAUGAUUUGAUGCCGUGACUGACUUGAGUCAGGGCAUUGGACACAAAUCUCUUGUUUAACAAGACACUGUAUAGACUUGGCAAUUCCACUUCGAUACUGCAAUUAUUGUUUCCAUGUAUGGAAGCACUCGGUUAUUCAGUGCAGUAGUAUUACAACAGUAAUGAGUGAAUAUUUUUGUACGAACAAGGAUCUCUUAUUUAGGAAAAGUAACUUCAGGUGCUUUAACAUGUUAAUAUACUCCUAUAAGUACAACUGUAAGACCCCAGCUGACUGCAAUCUCAGUGUGUACCUCUGCAAUCAUUAAGAAUGAGAGAGUUAUUCGACUGAGAGCCUUCUUUCUGCACCAUAGUGCCUCUUUUCCAUGGCUGAUUUCUAAAUCACUGCUAGGCGAGGGAAACGUAGGAUUUACUUAUUUCCAGACCACCUCACAUGACUUUUCAUACAGUCCUCUGCUGUGAGAGUUUUGACUCGUUUCUACAGAACUAGCGGGAUGACUGGGCAUGCUGGCUUGAAGCCAGAGAGCGUUUGACGGAGGAUAAAGUACCCGUGCUGACUGCUGCUCAGUUAUUCACUGGCGAGAGAGAGGUCAUUUUCAUGCUCGCCCGCUGUUCUCUGGUCUGUUCUUGUACAUGAGGUCAUGUCAUCCUGCAGGGUUGUUUGUGUAGGAAAUUUACAGGUUAAAGACAUCCGGUUUGUUUUUCCAAAAAAGUUAUUUUAAAAAGGGGAUUAUUGAACAGAAUUUGUGGUUUUCACCUCGUCAUUGAAAGAAAUGGUUAUUUUGUGUAUUUUUGUUUUGUUGUACAGACAUUUUGUAAUAAAAAAUAUGAUGAAACACAAAUGAACUGUUCAAACUGCAGAAGAACUUUCUUUCUUUUUUUAAUUGGGACGGAGAAUGUUAAAGAAACCAUAUUGUCCUGAACGCAUUGUGUAACUGCAGUGUUGAAAUGAAGACAGUUGAUUAAGAAUAAAUGCCUCAGAGACAAAAAGAGA